ACUCUGGAAUUUCUGAAUUGGUGUUAGAGGCAUGGAAGGAAUUCCUGUGAGGAGCGUGAUACCUUCAGCUUCAACAUCUCACUCUCAUCAUCUCCAAAGGAAAACAAUCAUACAACUAUCAUCUUCUUCAACAACAAAGCUUCUCACCCAAAACAGAUGCUUACGUUUUUCUGUUCGGGCCAAACUGUCUUCCACUGAUUUUCAAGAUUUUCGGAGCUAUGCGAGGCCUUCGCAUCUUUUGCCAGCCUCUGAGGUGAAAGUGUACACAGAUACAUCAGUAGAAAACAUUUCAUCUCUGAAGGAGGGUGGAUCCAAAUCUUUAUAUAGGGUCAAGUUAUGUACAAGCAGCUUAUAUGGCUCAAGUAUUAGUGACUUAAAUGCUGGAAUUCUCCUUUGCUUGAUAGAUGAAAAUGGAAACUCCAUAUUGCAAAGAAUCCCUGUUAGUUUGAUGAUGGAUCAUUCUACAGAAUCAGGGGAUAUUACGAAUAUUGACAUGCUUCAUUUCCAAAGAGGUUCUGCAGAUGAAUUCAUUUUUGAGGGUCCAAAAAUUGCAAGACUUGAGGCUCUCUGGGUUAGUGUUGAAUCAGGUCAGUGGCGCCUUGGAAGUGUAUCCUUAAUGGUUAUUAGUUGUGAAGGGCAACCGUCUGGAUUGGAAGAUGGGUUACAAAGUUACACUGGCUUUCAGUAUGACUUUCAGAUUGAUGAUGUGUUGCUUGGUGAGGGAACUGAUCUGUCCAUGUUGGAAUUAAGACCUACCCUUGUGACUGAGCUGGAAGGGAAUGAUCUCACAAACAUCUUCAACAAAGGACUUAGUGACUCUACCUUGCUUUCAAAUCCUAAGAUCUCAAAAGAAGAUAGUAUGAGGGAAUAUGCAGAUUUGAAGUUCUCAUUGUUAUUUUAUGAUGCUAUGCUUACACUUUUUGGUACAGCUGUGGCUUCCUUCUCAGCUGGAGAAAAUGCUGGUAUUGAUUUCUUGAUUGGUGGGGUUGGAGGCUUCUUGUAUCUGCUACUGUUGCAGAGAUCUGUGGAUGAAUUGCCAGCUUCAGAACUGAUCACUAGUGACAAAGGUAGAAGUGAUGCAUUUUUCAGGGGAAUUAAGGGUCCAAUAGCAAGUGUGGCUUUGGCUCUAGGAUUGGCUGUAAUUGCAACAAGGUAUAGCUCUGGAGAUCUUCAAGUCAUGCUAACACCAAAAGAUCUCAUAUUUGGAAUGAUGGGAUUUCUUGUAUGUAAAAUCUCUGUUUUGUUGGCUGCAUUUAAGCCUAUAGCACUAGGUUCAAAGUUGCCAACUGAUAUGUAACAUUAUACUUUUGUCUCCUGUGAAGUGGUUUAAUUUUUAAACCCAUUGUAUCAUCAGUACAAUGAUUCAUAUUGUUAUAUAGUGCUCAUUAUAGAUGCAUGGAUUCCUCCUUGCUGGCAAGAGAUUCUUCUAAGCAAGGGAAACAAGUUCUGUUUGAGGCUGGCAGUGAAAAAACCAGCAAGUCAAUCAGAGUUCUGUGUGUGUGUGUGUGUUUUAGGUAUUUUUUUUAUGUUUACUUAUUUUAUAUCCUAUUGUACCAACGAUAUUGCUGAUUCAAUACUUAAAGUUGAUCGUUUGUAAUUGUUA